GAUUUUUUUUUUCCUUGAGUUUCACAGGGGCCAGCCCAUCUCACCCCUGAUUGGCUGCCUCUCUCUCCACGCCUGCCUUAUUAUAGCCCUGCACUCCAAUUUGGUCACAUAAACAUGAGGAUACCGUCACCUUAGGGCGCACCGCAGCAACUUUUUUGUAACUCUUUUGCACGACACCCACGAGCAGCCGCUUCACCACCAGUGCCAGUCGGACCUGUAUGGCCCCAUCGAUCGCCAUGUCAGCUUUGACCGCUGGUUUGAAAACUGAAGACCUUCCUCCCCGCACGGCUCUCGUCAGCAGAGGCGAGAUGCAGACCAGCCUGAGUCCUGCAGAGGAGACCGGGAAGCCCAAAGUCGCUAUUCUGCCCUUCAGCGUCGAGGCACUGAUGGCGGAUAGGAAACCCAGCAGGGAGGUGCCAUCCCCGGAUUCCCCAUCCGUAGCCGGGACGUCCCAAGCGAUGGGAAAGAGCGCACGGAUGGGCUCUUUUGGUAGUCUGGAUACUUCACUUCCUGCUUUACCAAUGAGCUCCUCGUUUUCAGUGGGCGAGAUAAUGAACAUGCCAGAAGACGUGCUGAUUAAACCCGAGAGCCCGGACAGUAAAGAGAGGACUUCAUGGAUACAGAGUCCUCGUUUUUCUCCUACACCUCCACGAAGGUUGAGUCCUCCUGCCUGCCCUCUGCGAAAACACAAGACGAACAGAAAGCCCCGGACCCCCUUCACUACGUCCCAGCUGCUGGCCCUGGAGAGGAAGUUCCGCCAGAAGCAGUACCUUUCCAUCGCCGAGCGCGCAGAGUUCUCCAGUUCCCUCAACUUGACGGAGACCCAGGUCAAAAUCUGGUUUCAGAACAGGAGAGCCAAAGCCAAGCGGCUGCAAGAGGCAGAACUUGAAAAACUGAAAAUGGCAGCUAAGCCUAUGCUGCCUCCAGCUUUCGGGAUUUCCUUUCCUCUCGGUGCGCACGUCCCCGCUUCCUACGCAGGGUCGCACCCGUUCCAGAGGCACUCGCUGCCGGUUUCCCCCGUGGGACUGUACGCGGCUCACGUCGGAUACAGUAUGUACCACCUCGCUUGACAGGGAACGCAGGACGAGGGGUUAAGACUACUUUCUCUGAGAGCCCCAAACGCGAGGUGGGUGGGUGGGUGUGGGGGUCAGAUGGACAGGUGAGGUGACACUGUAGUAAAUACAGAGGCAUCCUGGCGGUUUGCUCAAUGUCACAUCUUGUCAGGGGAGCCAGGACUUCCUAAUAGACCCCCAUCUGAGGACCUUGAAGUUUUUCCUCUUGACCUCACCAGUAAGUUCACACACUGCAAAAAUAAUCCAGCUUUAUUAGUCAUUUAAUCUUGAGUUUUAAAUAUGUUUUUGUCAGUGGACCUGGAAAUAAUAAUAAUAGCAAUCACGAGCGCAGUGAUGGUAGAAAUAAGAUGAGUAUGAGACUAAAUGACUGUAAGAUGGAUAUUUUUGCGGUGCAGAGGUGAAGAACAACUUAGUACCUGUAGGCCUAUGGUAUAUCACUAAUGGACAGUCAAGUAUGGACAGCAGACUGUGUGCCACAGCGCGUCAAAGAUAGCCCACUAUUUGCCUCUACUGCUGCUUACAGCCAGGUAAAAAAGGGCUAUUUCACAAGCCUCUAUGAUUAGGUAACAAGACUAUUGCGCAGCUUGAAAUUUUGCACCAACACACUUAGGUUGGGCUUUCAUCGCAUUUGUGGGAUGCUGUCACACUGCGAGAUCCAUACUUCUUUAUUUGUUUGCAUUCAUAUCAAUGCGUAACUAUAGUGGGUUACCGAAUCCAGUGUCCAUGAAUGCUCUUUGUGAAUUUGGAGAACCACAGCAUUUGUUUUUAUGACAGCACUGUCUGUUGUUGGAAUGAUUCCCUUCGGAAGGGAUAUGUGUACUGUAAAAUAAUGUAUAUUUGAAGAAUAUCCUCAUUUAUAUUAUGAAUAUAUUUGUGACAUAACUUAACAAUAAAUUGUUUAUUCUUUUUCAUUAAGAAGUUUUUCGUUUUGACUGACACUUGCAUGGUGCCUGCUGCACCAAAAUCUGCCUG